UUACUCUUUUUUUAUAUAAAGAUAAAAAUUUGUUGUAUACCAAAAGCAAAACCCUCGCCUCUUAUACAAAAAAAUCGCAGCUUUGGGUAUGGAUCUUCCGGAAGAAAUCAUCACAGAGUUACUACUUCCAAGACUGCCGGCGACAUCACUGUUGAGAUUCAGGGGAGUGCUAUUGAAUGGCCUAAGCAGUGUUCUCUGCUGUCGGUUUUGAACGCACCAAGGGAUGCUAUCAUGUUGCCUACCCCUUUUUCUCGUUUAGCUCCUCCAACGAAUACCAAAUUGGUGGAAUUUAGAAUCAUGGGGUGCUACAAUGGGCUGCUCUGCCUCCUCGAGCAACCAGCCAGAAGAAUCCACUUGUGGAACCCAUCCACUCGAAUCUGCAAGAAACUGCCGGAGAUUCCUGAUUGCGGCGGCAUUCAUACUCUGGGGUUUGGUUGGGUUGAAUCGAGCGACGAGUACAAGGUGUUUCUGGUUCACAACGACGGGACUUAUAAAGUUUAUAGUUCAAAGGCGAAAUCUUGGAAAACAAUUGGGCUCCGCACUGAUUUACUCCGGGUUUGGGGAACCGGGGUGUUUGCAGGUGGGAAGCUUCAUUGGUCGCAUUUUAGACCAUGUGAGCAAUAUAUUCUUUUCUUCGACUUCAAGAGUGAGGUGUUUGGAAGCAUUGAUCUUCCCUUUGCUCCGGAUAUCAGAGACAAGUUUGGCCUUGUGUGUGUGCUUGGUGGUUCCCUUUGUGUGCUGCGUCGUCACGACGAUUAUGAAAGAGGCUUAGCUCAUGUCUGGGUUAUGAAGGAGGAGUCUUGGGAGAAAGCGGUGGCUCUUGAUCAUCUUCUUGAGCUUCUUCAAUCACCAUCGCCAUUGGUGGUGGGUCUAAAUGGAGAGGUUUUGUUAAGUAUUGGAUCCCAUUUGUUGGUUUAUGAUGCUCGGGAUAAUGUGUUCCACGUGCUCAAGUAUACUUCCUAUUGUCAUGUCUAUGUUGAGAGUUUAGUCUCACCAGAAGAUUUAUGAAACGUCUUGGUGAGUGGUUAUGUUUAUUUAUGCAGAUUUUGAAAAAGUAUGAGUUUAUGGAUUUCAAUAUACUAUUUUACAUUUAUAUUAUAGUAAUGGAGUGAACAUAUUUGUGU